GACUUUCCUUGUCCCUGUUCAUUAAUCACGUUGGGUCUGAAGUUUUUAGAAAUUGUGCUCGUUUUGGCUGGGUUAGAAUCAAUUUUCUUCGCAGUAGCUGUUAUGGUGUUUUAGAUUUGUGCUGAAAAUAUGGAGACCAAAAUACAGUGUUGACAAUAUGAAGAUUUUUUUUUUCUUAUUGAUGAGUGGUGCUCGUACAGACCCACGGUCUUUUCUGCUUCUCACUCCACCCCAUCAGGGAGGGAGAUAGGGGUGCAUAAGGAGUUGGGAGAAUACACAGCCAGGACACCUGACCCCAACUGACCCAAGAGAUAUUCUGAACCAUGCUACAUCAUGCUCAGUAUAUAAAAUGGGGGGAAGAAGGAGGAAGAGGCGUUUGUAGCGGUCCCUCGUCCGGAGGCGAGGGUCGGGCUCCCCCCGCGAGAGGAGCGGGACCCCGGCGAGCCGUGGGCCCGGGCGGGGCGGGCGCCGCGUGCAACUCAAAUCGCCGUGUUAGCUCUCAGCCAAUAGCCGGAGCGCCUGCCCGCGGCCAGCCAAUGGGAGCGCGGCACUCCCCGCCGCCAGCCAAUAGACGCGGGGGGCGGAGCUUGGGUAACGCUCGGAGCGGCGGCGAUGGCCCCGGGGCGCGGUGACCGCUCGCUCCCCGCCGGUACUGAGGGUCUUCCCCGGGUUUUCUUGCAGAGCCUGCGGACUCUUUUCGAUAUCCUGGAUGACCGGCGGCGUGGUUACGUGCACCUGCGGGAGAUUGAAUCGCGCUGGCGGGGAGCGGAAGCCCAGGAGCUGCCCGCCGGGGUGAUGGAGGGGUUGCGGCAGGCGGCGCCGGCCAGCGGCUACCUCACCUUCGAGAGGUUCGUCCUGGGGCUGCGGGCGGCCCUGCCUGGGGCUGAGCCCCCGGUGGAGGGUGGCAGCGGCGGACAGCGGAGCGUGGAGAAGCCGCCAAGCCCUCGCUGUUCCGAGGAGCGGCGGGGGAAGAGCACCGGGCAGCGGGAACCGGGGCACGGCCAGCCCCGAGGCAGCGGUGGUGAUGCAAAGUCUGCUGGGCAGUCCCAGGGAGACUGUGGCCACCCAGGGGCUGGGGACAUUCGGAGGCAUCAGAGAGGCCGUGCAGAACACCGGAGACACACGAUCACCAAUGGCGUGGACUUCAACAUGCUGAAGUACAUGAAGGAGCUGGAACAGGAGAAGGAUUUCCUGUUGCAGGGUCUGGAGCUUAUAGACCGGGCUCGAGAGUGGUACCACCAGCACAUCCAGCUCAUGCAGGAGCACCAGCGGCUCCUGGGGAAGAAGAGAACCAGUGCUGAUUUCCGUGAAGGUGGCCAGAGCCACUUGGGGCGCCUGGUCCCCAAACUGCAGGAGGUGAACCGCUGCCUGGGUGACCUUCUUUCCACUGCUGGCAAGGUGAUAACAGCACAUCAGCAGCUUGAGACAGCAAACCCCUCCUCAGCCCUGAGCAGGCUGGUCCCUGUGAUGUCCCCAGCCUCUACAGGCUCCCAGCAAGCCAUCAACAUGCUGAAGGAGCAGAAUCGGCUUCUCACCAAGGAGGUGACUGACAAGAGUGAGCGCAUCACGCAGUUGGAGCAGGAGAAAUCUGCCCUGAUCAAGCAGCUCUUCGAGGCUCGUGCCCACAACAACCAUGAGAUGAGCCAGCUGGACUCCACCUUCAUAUAGCACAUGCCUCCCCUGCCCUAUCCCCAAAUUUCCCUGGGGAAAUUUCCCUGGGUUUCAAGGGACUUUUGCCCCAAACUCAUCACACCAGCUGCUCCACAUGUUCUGUCUCAAGGUCUGGGGCUGCUGGUGGCAUCUCUGUGGGAGGAAGCUGGGACUCCUCUUGGGGAGCAUCCCUGCCCUGCUGAUGGCUUAUCAGCCAUGCUUCUCUCAAGCUGCUCCUUUCCUGUCUCUAAAUGGGCUGCAGGGGUGCUGCCCCCAGCCCUGUGACCCCCAGCAUGCGGGAGACAUGGCUGCUGUCUGUGCUCCUCUGUGGGGUGAGCUGCUGUGCCCUUGCUGACUUAGGCUGGAUUUUGGGUGCUUUUGGGGAAAAGGGAUGUAUCUUCAGCACUCCAGCCAGCAUCUCCAGAGAAGUCUGGCCCUUAGAGGAUGCUAGAUCCUCCCUGUCCUGCUGUUGGAAGACAAGAUUGGAAAUCCAAGGGGGCAUGCCUGGCCCCUCUCUGCUGCCCAUGUUCUGCCUGCCAGAGACACUGUCCUGGCCCUGUAGUGCCCAAACUGGUGGUCCUCAUGGCAACCCCUCUGUCGUGUUUGCAUUAGUGAUACUAUAGUUGCUGUUUGUCUGUCUGCAGUCUCCUGUAGGGAGACCUGCAGGACAGACCCAGCCGAGAUAGCCUACACCUCUGAGCUGCUGUUUUGGGCUGUUGACAGGUUGAGACAGACACCUCACAUGUUACUUGGCUUGACCUGGCAAGUACUUCCUGAUGUCUGCCAGGAUUAGAUUCUUUGCAUGAUGACUGUAAAAAGAGUAGUGAUGUUCCAUAGCCUGAGGAUGCUCACAUCAGCCUGACCUCACCAGAGGGUCUUUAGAACUUGGUUUUGUAUUGAACUGAGUGUGGGACAGAGCAGAGGCUGACGGCUCUACACUGUGCACAUCACAUGGAGAAAUGGCAGCUCUGUGUCAUCUGGUUGUGGAGGCUGCUGCCAGAGAUGACAUCCUGACUGUGAGCUGCACUUCUCUGCAGGGUGGUGGUGGUCAGAGAUGGGUCCUAUUAGAUGGUGCAUCUCAGAACUCCUCCUGCUUCCCACCCAGCUCAGUGAUGAUGCUUGAGCUGAAUCACAUUUUACUGUGGCUUGGUACUUGGUAUCUGUGGUACUUCCACAGGAGAUCCCCUGUAGUGCAGCUUGGCCCUCUGUACCCCGACAGCCAAGACCUUUCUCUCUGGGGUUGUUUCAUGCUGUGGUGCUGAGCUGGGCAGAAGGUGCUGGCUCUGCCCUGAGCUGACACAUGCAGGCCAAUUCUGUUCUCACUUCUGGUCUUAUCUGUCAGAGCUCUGUCUCAUCCAGCUGUUCUCUUUGAGAUUGAUCCUGAGCUAAAGCUCACUGCAAGGCAUGAAUCCCUGCUCUGUGCUUGUGCCUGCAGCUGAAGUGAGGAUCAGCAGAGUGCCAGGGAGAUGGUGGAGGAGGAGCAGCAAGGCCAUGGCUAGUCAUGUCCCCUGUCUGCAGGUGCUGGGUGUUAGCUGUCCCCUGGGCAUCAGUGCUUGCCAUCCUUUUUUGAUGCCUCUUCUGGUGUCUGGUGCCUGUUUUGCCCGAGGUUUUAUUAAAACUGACCCUUUUUAUGAGGAUUACCUGUCUGUAGGGAUAAUAAAGUGGGGUGACCUAUUUAAUUUAUCCUUCUGUCUCUCUCCCUAAAUCAGCCCAUCUACUGCUGCCAGCCCUGAAGUCCCUGACUGUCCUGUCUCUCAGAAUGCAGGGGGAGCUGAAGCUGCAAUCUGGUGAGCAAACAAAGAGCCCGGAGGUCUCUGCACCUGGACAUCUUUCCAUGUCCUUUCCCAUCACCUCUGGGUUUCCCAGGGACUGGGGAUCCCCUGCCCCCUACUGUGGGGCAGGGUAUUAAAGCCACCUCCACCCCUUC